UUGAUGAUGGAGACGGAACAAAGGAUCGAGCCGCAGUAGAGGUCCGGGAGAAGAUGCUGCAACCCGAGCCGCGUUCAGCCCGAGUCAGCCGCACCUGCCGUGGAUGAUUUUCCCGAUGGGUUGCGGAGGGAGUCGGGCGGACACGAUCAUCGAGCCGAGGUACCACGAGAGCUGGACCAGAGAAACGGAAUCGACGUGGCUUACCAACACGGACAUCGAGACCUCUCUGCCAGUAGCAAACAGUAAAGCUCUGGAGGCCAGUCUGAGGGAGAAGAGGAUGGUGAACACAGGCACUCAGUGUGGGAAGCAGGCCCUCACGUCCACUGGCUCCAACCACCAGAGGAGACCCAGGCGCUCCUUGAGUGAUCAAACCACUCGUGAGUCCAAAAGGAGGGCGUCAAAAGAGGCCGGCGCGUUGUCUAAGGACGGGCAGCCCGUCAAUAUCAACAGCAGUGGAGACGCUGAACCUGGGAACGUGUGUGAUGAAAGAUGAAGAAAAGCCAAGACUCUGUGGAGAGAAAGAUGGCAGCUCCAGCUGUGAAAAGUUCACCAGACGAUGGGACGGGGUUUCUCCACCAUGCUCUUCUCCCAUGCUUAUGGUGCCGGUCAGGGAAUGAGUCACUGUGUUAAGCCAAUUUGAAAGGAAACAAGAACAGACCGUCCCGUUUGCACAUGAUAAUCACACCCUGCACAUCAAAGGUUUUCUGUGUGGGGCCUUCCUUAAGAAUCUGCUUCAGUUCUUUGUUUAAGUAUAUUCCUUUUGUUGUGAAUGAAAAACGAUGAUGUUGCUGUUUAACCUCAGUUAAUGCUGUAAAUUAUUUUCAUUUCAAAGACCCUGAAGUGCUGUUUAGAAAAUGAGAUUUGGAGGUUUAAUGCCUGAAGGCUGAAGACUGUCUUUUCCAGCCUUUGCAAGAUAAAGAAACAAACACACCCGCAUGUGCCUAUAUCUUAAUCUGAAUUGCUCCUGUUUUCACUUUGAGAGUUUUUUUUGUUCAGUAUUAUGUGUUCUCCUACAUCUUAUUUUCUGUUAUACUGUGUUACAUUUGACCAUUUACCAUUAUUAUGUAUUGUAUUGAUGAGUCAUUUAAGUGGCUGAUCUGCAUGUUUAAAUCAAUCUUAAAUGGUUUCAGCAUUGAUGGAAAAUGUCUCCAAACAUGAUCAGAAGCAAGCUGUCUGAAAUAACACUUUUUUGCUCAUUUAGAACACGUAACAUUUGAAAAACUGCACAGAGAAGUACAUUAAGAAGGUCAUUUAGAAUGCCCGUUACUGGUCAUUUCACGUCUCGACUACUGCAACUCCCUCCUGGCUGGUCUACCUGCUAAGGCCAUCCGACCCCUGCAGCUCAUCCAGAAUGCAGCAGCUCGACUGGUCUUCAGCCUCCCGAAAUUCACCCACACCACUCCGCUCCUCCGCUCUCUCCACUGGUUACCGGUGGCUGCUCGCAUCCGCUUCAAAACACUGGUCCUGGCGUACCGUGCUCUAGACGGAUCGGGCCCCGUCUACAUCCGGGAUAUGGUCACACCGUACACCCCGGCACGUUCGCUCCGCUCGGCAACAGCCAAUCGACUUGUGCCUCCUGCACCUCGAGCUAAUCACUGUAAAUCCAGACUGUUUGCUGUCCUGGCUCCUCAGUGGUGGAACGAGCUCCCCACUGACAUCAGGACAGCAGAAAGUCUCUACAUCUUCCGUCGGAGACUGAAAACACACCUUUUCCGACUAUAUCUGGAUUAAAACACAGAUUAGCACUUCAGUGGCACUUAGAUAGCACUUACUUAUGGUACUUUUGUAGUUCGACUAUGUUGAGGAAAUGUUACUUCCUGUAUUCUUGUUGUUCUUAGUUUGUACUCUAGGUUGAAAUGCACUUAUUGUAAGUCGCUUUGGAUAAAAGCGUCUGCUAAAUGACAUGUAAUGUAAUGUAAUUUAGAAAGGGUCAUCAGGAGAGUGAGAGUUCUGGCCAGCAGGUGGCGAUGUUUACCAGGCGGACCGAACAUGUUCUGCUUGUGAUAGCUGUUGCUUGUCAAGAGUUGGUCAUGAUUCCAUGAGAUGAUAACGUUUGAAUGUGUACAGGCAAACUUUUGUGAUGGAAAACAACAUUUAAACCCAUGAUCAACCACAGUAUACUUCAUUGAAUUAAAAUUGUUGUCAGCUUCUUAA